UUUACGGAUAAAGAAAGGGCUGGAAGCCCAGUGAAGGGUACUCUAAAAAGAAAAUUUCAAUUUAGAGAAGCACUGAUGAGUCAGUCGCUUAGGAAGAACUGAAAGAGAACCUAAGUGACUAAGGCAGCAUCCCAGGUAAGAAGGUACUUAAAGUUGGCGGUAGGAAAUGAAAACUUCACAAGUGAGCAGCAAGACAUUAUGCUUGGUAGCAGCCCUGCAAAGAAGCGUGGCUGUCAAGGGGCAAGUGCGUACCAACUCCGAGAGAGGUGGCCAAAAAUGCCAAAUCGGAUGGGGGGGGUGAUGAGGGAAAACGUAAUAAAAUGCCCAUCCCAGACCCUCUCCUCUGGCUCUCCAUCUCAACAGGCACAAUCAAAAGUAGGCUUAAUGCCCAAUAACCCCACGCCGGACGCUCCCACAGAGAGUUUAGCCCCAAGCCCCGGAGGCCCAGCAGGCCGCCUCCAGAGGAGCCCCCGCAGACGCCAUACUAAAAGUCAAAAUGGCUGCCCCAAGGAAGCCCGCACCGCGCAGCUACUAAGGGUUGGGGAACAAGCUUCUGCGGGAAAGGGGGAGGGGGGCUCACGGAAGAGCCGUCGCCAGAACCGCAGGCAGGACUAUCGCCCCCAGAGCUGCACAGGUUCUAAUCACAGGCACCCUUUGACAUAACUUUUGAACUAUCUGGAAAAAUAUUGCCCAGAAAAAAAAUGAUAAAAUUUUUCCUCAUGGUGAAUAAACAAGGACAGACCCGACUUGCUAAAUACUAUGAACAUGUGGAGAUCAAUAAGCGUACAGUUCUGGAAACGGAAGUCAUAAAGAGCUGUCUCUCCCGAUCCAAUGAACAAUGUUCUUUCAUUGAAUUUAAGGAUUUUAAGCUGAUAUGUCGGCGGUAUGCAGCUCUCCUCAUUGUGGUUGGAGUUAAUGACACUGAGAAUGAGAUGGCCAUUUAUGAAUUCAUCCAUAACUUUGUGGAAGUGUUAGAUGAGUACUUCAGCCGAGUGAGUGAAUUAGAUAUAAUGUUUAAUCUGGAUAAAGUGCAUAUCAUUUUGGAUGAGAUGGUGUUAAAUGGCUGCAUUGUGGAAACGAAUCGGGCAAGAAUUCUUGCCCCUCUACUCAUUCUCGAUAAAAUGUCAGAAAGCUGAAUGAUGGAAGGCUCUGCCAGACAACAUCAACCUGUGGAAGUGAGAAUACCAUGGAAUACCUCUCAACAUCUGUAGCCCAAAAAAUGUGGAAGACUGCACGCUGCAAAAUGGGGUGUCCUUCCAAAGACAUCUUAAAUAGGCGUUUUCCACAUUUCCUAAAUGGAAAACAAAGCUUUAUUUUUAAAUAUGGUAUUCAAAGAAAUAUUUUCUCUGAACUGCGAGACAGUUUUGUUUUCUAACCAUAAGCAUUUUUUCCCCACUUGUUCAAAUUUUGUUGAGUUCUGAAGGUAACUGUUUUGUUCUCUGCUUUCCUAUGCACAUUUAAUUCAGGAUUAGCAGCAUGGGAAGACCUGUGACAAUUAUCAGCCAAUAAAAUUUUAAACACACAUAGUACUUUGAAUGUUUUCUGAAUGCUCGUUUUCCUUAAAAUGAUUUAGAAAGUCAAAACUUUACAAAAUUGUGUACCUAAUAAAAAUUGAGAAUUAAAUUUUAUUUGGCAGUUUCUAAAAGCCUGAUAACUGUUUUAUUGGCACUUGGCAAUUACAAUGUCAUCAUGUAAUUAAUUCACUUAUAAUGUUACUACCAAAAAAUAAUGUUACUACCAAAAAUGAAUGGUUACACAUUAAAAGAGAGCUCUUACAACCAUCCUUUAGGCCAUAUUGUAAAAUGGUUUGUCUUAUUAGUAAACUUAUUUGUAAAUGAAAAUUUAGUUCAAAGUCUAAAAAUAGAAUGCAAGAGAAUAUCUCUGUUGAGGUCAGCAUGAUAUGAAUCUGAGUUCUCCCCUGCCUCCCUAACUCAUUCCUUUGACCCCUUCUCCUGGAAUGUCUUGAAGCAAAGAAAACGAAGUCACUAUAAAAAAGCAAUGACCUGCCUGAUCCUUCCAAACUUUUCUAGAUGCUUUUGCUACUUAUCAACAGGAGUAUACAGAACUGUCUUAGGUAUAAAAGCAUGUUUAUGUGCAUAUUGGGUAGGAAGGCAGAUAAAAUGGAAGAAAUAGAAAUACAGUCUUGGUACAUUAUUUUCCCAUCCUAUGGAAUUCCAGGAGUUCUUUCAUCUACAACACUCUGUCCUCCAAAAGAAAACAUAAAUGGACAUUCCAGGUAUUGAUGAUUCAUUCAGUACUGUUUGCUUUUUUGUGGGGGUGGGGGAAGGAUUUCUUUUAAAUCUUUCUUUCUACAAAUCUACUUACAUAUUUAAAGUUUGCAUCUAUUAAGAUCCAGGCAACUAGGCAAUAAUGGAUUCGAAAAGCAAACCUGAGUUGGACUCAUUCAGAAAGGCAGAAGAAAGGCUUCUGACCGCCAGAACAGCAAAUGGUACAUGUGUAUAGAUCCCCCUUUGCAUUAAGUAGCCAAGGUGUGGGGAAAGCCCAGUCUGGAUCAAAGUGCUUUGGAGGUCUAAGACAUAUUAGUUGGGAAACACUGUCCUAGUUGGUAGGCACUUAAUCAGUAGCACAUUCAGGUAACUGCUGAAACUGGUACACCAGAAGUAACUAGGGAGUGAACAAAAUUAAUUUUUAGGUCACACCAAAAUAGCACUUGGGUAACAUCUUGGCACAGAUUUUAGUACCUUUA